AUUCAUACAUCAACAAACCAACCGCUCGAUUCAUCUUUCAACACACCUCUUGGCUCUUCCCUCCAUCUCUCUCUAGAGAUAUCUCUCUAGAUCUCUCUCUCUCUCUGUAUCACUUCCUUACUGAAAUUGACACACACAAACACACACCUCUCAGAUCACAUUCAUUCCAUUCAAAUCACAAACUCAAGCACACACAUUCGAGCUCAACACAAAACCAAACCAAAUCUAACAAUUUCACAAAUUCGAAGCGCUGGAGUCCGUACAAGACACACAGAUACCUACCGCCACCGGCAACGGAAAAAUCAGGUACCGAUCGCCGUCGGCCGCCGAGCUUCUUGAAGUCCAGUUCCAAUUCCCCGCCGAUCAACAAUCCGACCGGACGAUGAAGCAGCGGAAUCGCCAGUCCGACUCCUUCUCCGAUCAGAUUCACCGGUACCGGAGCAUUAUUCUCGUGAUUGCGGUGCCGCUUUUGUUAAUCUCGUUUGUUUUGUUUGUUAUGACCACUCGGUCGGAUACGAUUGACGAUUCGGUGCUUUCGCAUCGGAAAUUUGCGUCUGGAGGUGGCGGGAGUGAUAAGAAGUUUGCGGUUAUUUUUGAUGCCGGUAGUUCGGGGAGUAGAGUUCAUGUUUUUUGUUUUGAUAGGAAUUUGGAUCUGGUGCCUAUUGGAAAUGAUCUCGAGCUUUUUGAACAGUUGAAACCAGGUUUGAGUGCAUUUGCAAAGGAUCCUAAGGCCGCAGCAAAUUCUUUACAGCCCCUUCUUGAGAAAGCUGAGGCUGUGGUUCCACAAGAGAUUCGUCCCAAGACUGUUGUCAGAGUCGGGGCAACUGCAGGUCUUAGGCAAUUAGAAGGUGAUGCAUCAGACAGAAUUUUGCAAUCAGUUAGAGAUUACCUCCAGUAUAACAGUAAGCUCAAAUCAAAGUCUGAUUCAGUGACUGUUCUUGACGGAACUCAGGAGGGUGCUUAUCAGUGGGUCACUAUAAACUAUUUACUAGGGCGUUUAGGGAAAACAUAUGCAGAUACUGUUGGAGUAGUUGAUCUUGGUGGUGGAUCUGUACAAAUGGCGUAUGCCAUUUCAGAAAAUGAUGCUGCCAAGGCUCCAAAAGUAACAGAAGGGCAAGACUCUUAUGUGAAGGAAAUGUAUCUCAAGGGAACCAAAUACUACCUUUAUGUUCACAGUUACUUGCGCUAUGGGUUAUUGGCAGCUAGAGCUGAGAUUUUGCAAAUUACUGGCGACUCUGGAAGCCCAUGCAUUGUACCUGACUUUUCAGGAUCUUAUAAAUAUGGAGGGACGGUAUAUAAAGCAGCACAUUCUCCUUCUGGUUCGAGCUUGCAAAAAUGCAGGGAAGUAGCUACAAAGGCUCUGAAGGUAAACGAGUCAACAUGCACCCACAUGAAAUGCACAUUUGGUGGGGUAUGGAAUGGUGGAGGCGGUGAUGGACAGAAAAAUCUAUUUGUUGCAUCAUUUUUCUUUGACAGGGCUGCUGAGGCUGGUUUUGUCGAUCCAAAGAAGCCUGUUGCUAAAGUUCGUCCAGUGGAUUUUGAAGAUGCUGCCAAGCGUGCAUGUCAAACAAACCUAGAGGAAGCCAAGUCUAUAUACCCUCGAGUAGAGGCAGAUAAUCUACCAUACUUAUGUAUGGACCUUGUUUAUCAGUUCACAUUGCUGGUUGAUGGGUUUGCCCUUGAUCCAUGGCAAGAAAUUACAUUGGUGAAAAAAGUUGAAUACCGGAAUUCUCAAGUUGAGGCUGCAUGGCCACUAGGCAGUGCAAUCGAGGUUGUUUCCUCCUGAUGAUUAUAUUAUUCGCAUAGUAAAUGAGAGUGGUCCGAGUACAUUUGCAGAUCAGGAGAGCAGCUAGCCACUGCAAUAACACUCUGAAGAUCUGCCAGUAAUAUUCCGUGGUCCUAGUUUAUACUGAAAGAGGAAAUCAAUUUUUGUUUGUUAAUCAAUAGAAAAUAAUGACAAAUCAUUAUUCUAUUUAUUUUCAUUACAUUAUUAGCUAGCAAUUGCCAGCUUUAAGAUUUUUGAGGGAGAGAUUAGAAAGAAAUUUAUUCAUGUACUUUGUCUGUUUCUAUUUUUUUUUUUUAUUAUAUGAAGUUACUUGUCAUCUCAAGACAUUGGAAUGUACGAAUGCAAAUAUUUUAAUGUAAUAUAAAUUUUCAUUUCUUUUC